ACGGCGGCUGGUGCGGCGGGCGCCGCUAAGACUGGAAAGAUGGCGGUCCUAGCACCUUUGAUUGCACUCGUGUAUUCGGUGCCACGGCUUUCACGAUGGCUAGCCAGACCUUACUAUUUCUUGUCGGCCCUGCUUUCAGCAUCUUUCUUACUCCUGAGGAAACUGCCGCCUCUGUGCAACGGUCUCCCCACGCAACGGGAAGACGGCAAUCCGUGUGACUUUGACUGGAGGGAAGUGGAGAUCCUGAUGUUUCUCAGUGCCAUUGUCAUGAUGAAGAACCGCAGAUCCAUUACCGUGGAGCAACAUAUCGGCAACAUCUUCAUGUUUAGUAAAGUGGCCAACGCCAUUCUCUUCUUCCGCCUGGACAUCCGCAUGGGCCUGCUUUACCUCACGCUCUGCAUAGUGUUCCUGAUGACGUGCAAGCCCCCGCUGUACAUGGGCCCGGAGUACAUCAAGUACUUCAAUGAUAAAACCAUUGAUGAGGAGCUUGAGCGGGAUAAGAGGGUCACUUGGAUUGUGGAAUUCUUUGCCAAUUGGUCUAACGACUGCCAGUCAUUUGCUCCUAUCUACGCUGACCUCUCCCUCAAGUACAACUGUACGGGCCUUAGUUUUGGGAAGGUAGACGUUGGCCGCUACACUGAUCUUAGUACACGGUACAAAGUGAGCACAUCACCCCUCACCAAGCAGCUCCCUACCCUGAUCCUGUUCCGAGGUGGCAAGGAGGUGAUGCGGCGGCCACAGAUUGACAAGAAAGGACGAGCUGUCUCUUGGACCUUCUCUGAGGAGAAUGUAAUCCGAGAAUUCAACCUGAAUGAACUCUACCAGCAGGCCAAGAAGCUGUCAAAAGCAGGAGAUCGUAUCCCUGAGGAGCAGCCGGAGACCCAAGCUUCCACCACAGUGCCAGAUGGGGAAAGCAAGAAGGACAAAUAGGAGCCCCUAUUCACAGUCUCUUCCCAAGCUGCCAGCCUUGUCCUAGGCCUGGCCUUUUGUUAUUUAUGGCCCCCCCCACCCCGCCCCCAUUUGCUUGCACCUGGGGGAGGUGGGCUCUGCUUCUGAUUUUAAAGAGGCAACCAGUAAACUGUCUUGCACUGUUCAGAGAGGCCUCCCCGCUGUGGUCAACAAUCUUACUGGAAGAUGGGCAUGAAAUCUCAUGUAAUGAAGCAGGAAAUGGAGUCCCUUCAAGUUUGGAUUUCUUUCGUUUCUUUUCUCCCUGGCUUGAGUCAGUGUGACAACUGCUGUCCACCAGUCACACAUCUCUGCCACACUAUGCCAUCACUCAUCUUGGUGCCGCUGUGCAGCCUCCUUAGAUUAAACACGAGUCUAUGAUUGAUGCCAAGGUACAGAGUCAGUGCUAAGAUUUUUCCUUGUGGGUCUCAAGGAGCCUUGCUUCCUUAGGCCCUCUAGCUUGGCUAUGGCCUUCAGUAAGAAGUGGAAACCAAACUUGCUUUCUGGUCCUGAGGAGAGAAUCUCCCUCAGCGUCUCUAUCACUGAGGAUAGUACUAAAUGUGGGGGUUGGGGAGGGAAUGGAGACUUUGUAUGGGGUGGGCCUGAGGCUGGAUUGUGGUCUCUGUUAUAACACUCUAACUUUAAUGAUCCCCUCCUACUACCACCGCCAAUGGACAGUUUCCAAUAAUAAAAUGACUGGGAUUUCCUUUUGA